ACACGCCCCUUCCCUCCCGUCUUUCUGUCAGGUUCAGCACCACCGGCUCUCUUUAACCCCUGCGCCUUCGUCCGCUGCGCACUCAUCGCCUCCAUUCUUGGGACAGCUAACCGGGAACUUUAACUCUUAACUCUAUUUAACAGGCUUGUGUGUGCGUGUGUGCGCUCUCCUUUCGGUACAUCGCCCAGAUGGAGGACUACCAUAAACCAGACCAGCAGACGGUGCAGGCGCUCAAAAACAUCGCCACCCGGCUCCGAAUCAACUCGAUCAAAGCGACAACUGCAGCGGGCAGCGGUCAUCCCACAUCAUGUUGCAGCGUGGCAGAGAUCAUGUCUGUGCUGUUCUUUCACACCAUGAAGUACCGACCUGAAGACCCCCGUAACCCCAACAACGACCGCUUCAUCCUCUCCAAGGGUCAUGCGGCUCCUGUGCUGUACGCCGUGUGGGCAGAGACGGGCUACCUGAAGGAGAACGAGCUCCUCAACCUCCGCAAGGUCGACUCCGUCCUGGAGGGACACCCUGUGCCGAAGCAGCAGUUUGUGGAUGUGGCCACUGGAUCUCUGGGUCAGGGGCUGGGAGCUGCCUGUGGAAUGGCCUACACUGGAAAAUACUUUGACAAGGCCAGCUAUCGGGUGUUCUGCCUGCUGGGUGAUGGAGAGCUGUCCGAGGGCUCCGUGUGGGAGGCCAUGGCCUUCGCCUCGUACUACCAGCUAGACAACCUGGUGGCCAUCUUAGACAUCAACCGCCUGGGUCAGAGUGACCCUACUCCACUCCAGCACCAUGUGGAGAAGUACCAGCGACGCUGUGAGGCCUUUGGCUGGCAUGCCAUCAUUGUGGACGGCCACAGUGUGGAGGAGCUGUGCAAGGUGCUGAGUCAGCCUCGCCACCAGCCACUUGCCAUCAUUGCCAAGACAAUCAAGGGCAAAGGCAUCUCAGCGGCUGAGGAUAAGAUGGGCUGGCACGGGAAACCCCUGCCCAAAGACAUGGCCGACAGCGUGAUCAAGGAGCUGCAGAGCCGCGUUAUCAGCUGCAACAAGCGAAUCUAUCCCGCUCCCCCCAAUGAGGACGCAUCACCCGUCAGCCUUCGCAACAUCCGCAUGCCAAGUGCACCCAGCUACAAACCAGGAGAGAAGAUUGCUACGAGAAAGGCAUACGGCAUGGCUCUGGCCAAGCUGGGCCGUUACAACGAGCACGUGGUGGCUCUGGAUGGAGACACCAAGAACUCAACGUUCUCUGAGCUCUUUAAGAACGAACACCCCAACCGCUACGUGGAGUGCUACAUCGCAGAGCAGAACAUGGUGAGCGUGGCGAUAGGUUGUGCCGUGCGGGACCGUAAUGUGGUGUUUGCCAGCACUUUUGCUACGUUCUUUACCCGGGCCUACGACCAGCUCCGCAUGGCCGCCAUCUCUGAGAGCAACAUCAACCUCUGCGGCUCCCACUGUGGCGUCUCUAUUGGUGAGGAUGGACCCUCUCAGAUGGGUCUGGAGGAUCUGGCCAUGUUUAGAGCCAUUCCCACAGCAACCGUCUUCUACCCCAGUGAUGGUGUCUCCACUGAGAAGGCUGUGGAGCUUGCUGCUAACACUAAGGGUUUGUGUUUCAUCCGAACGAGCCGCCCAGAGAACAACAUCAUCUACAACUGCAAUGAGGACUUCCAUGUUGGUCAGGCUAAGGUUGUGUACAAAACCAACGACGACCAUGUGACUGUGGUUGGAGCAGGAGUGACCCUCCACGAGGCUCUCGCUGCUGCUGAACAACUGAAGAAAGAAAGAAUUAACAUUCGUGUGAUCGACCCGUUCACCAUCAAACCCCUGGACUCAAAGACCAUCAUUGACAAUGCCAGGGCGACCAGAGGACGCAUCAUCACAGUGGAGGACCACUACUAUGAAGGUGGUCUAGGUGAGGCAGUGUGUUCGGCAGUAGUGAAUGAGACUGGCUUCACCGUCCACCGCCUGGCAGUCUCUCAGGUGCCCCGCAGCGGCAAGCCCCACGAGCUGCUCCGAAUCUUUGGCAUCGACCGUGACGCCAUCAUUCAGGCGGUCCACAAGGUGCUCAGCACCUCCGCCAACGCCAAGUAAGAAUGUUGCAGCAGCGGAAGCAGAAGCAACAAGAUGCUGGAGGACUCCACGGUUAACUGGCGAUAACCAUGGAGAUAACAAACACAGAGGGAGGGGAAGCACUCCUGGCCCACUCAUGCUCUCCUCCACACAAAACAAUUUGAAGUAUCAGUUUCAAACAUAACUUGGCUUUUCUCUUUAAUUGUCAUCAAUGUGAUUUUGAGACCCCAAAUUUUUUAACCCAUCAGUCUGUGAGUUCAGUAAACGCACCCCUACCCUUCUCUCUCUCACACACACACAUACACACACGCACACACAUAUCCACACCUCCACCCUCUAACCCCUUCCUACCUCUCAGAGAAAGUUCUGGUACUGCUGUAGGGUUUCAGUAAAAACAGUGAACGUGGUUUGGAGUAAAGUGAAAUCUUUUUUAUAUAUUAUUAUGUUGAACCCCCCUCACUUCUUUGAUGCAGCGUCUUGUACGUCUGCACCCAGUACAACUUGUAGAUCCCACCCCACUAGAUCCAGCAGGGUGUGGAGAAACUCUGGUUUGGUCUGUUUGAGCACUGACUGUUUUUAAUCUCUUUGACCCUGACUUGGAUUGGACUGCUUCACUCCAAUAAAGAGAUGGUUUCUUCACAA